GAACACUAUUGGACCCCAGAGCCUUCAAUCUCAUGCUCUCAAGGUGAUUUCUGGUAAUGCAUUCAAAGCGUCACUCUUGGACCCCCGUGUCCAAUCAGCGACGAGUUUUAUGAUGAAACCGUGGGAUUCCGCGAAGUAGUUUCUUUCACAUGAGAACAGCAAACAGCGGCACAGAGAGAGGCACACGGAUGAGGGGAGAAGGGAAUGACAGAACGCAAAGUUACACGCUUUCUGAUGUGGUUGAAAUAAUAUUGGGAAUAGGCACCUGCAUGCCUAUUCGAUAACUUGUGCGUGUAGACGCAAGCGACACGCGCAUUUAUUCUUCGCUUAGAAGAUUAAUCAUCGCGGUCGCAUUGGGAAAAACACGUGUAGGCGUGAAGCCACGUUUUCCAGAGUCUGUAUCCCGAUGCGCAUACGAUGAUGAGAAUCCCGCGCCAUAAGUUUUUCUAUUUGUAGCAGGUGACUUUUCCUUUUACAGGACAUUUUGUGUAACUAUGACGGACGUUAAUACCGCAGCUAGGUCCUUGGGGCCGGUCUCAAACGGUGACCGCUCAGACAAACUAUCCAGCGAGGAGGGAUCUGAAGAAAGUCAAGAGAGUCGGACUCUGUUAAUGGUUGCUAUGAUUCUGCUGGACCUAAAUCAGUGUAUCCCGAGCGGCAUUAGCGGCAAAUGUAUAGUGGACAGUGAUGCGGAUAAUCAGCCCGGCGUGAAGGAAAACCGGGAGAAAUGCAGACAGAACGCGAGCAGGGUGAAAAGGACACGGAACCGCGACAGUCUGCAUGUAUCCGCUGAGAAGAGACACUGCUGUCCCUAUGCUGGCUGUGGGAAAAUAUACGGCAAAUCGUCCCAUCUUAAGGCGCACUUCAGAGUACACACCGGUGAGAGGCCCUUUCAGUGUACCUGGUCGGGCUGCGCAAAGAAAUUCUCACGGUCGGAUGAACUGACGCGACAUUUUCGCACGCACACCGGGGAGAAGCGUUUCAUGUGCCCGCUCUGCGACAAAUGCUUCAUGCGAAGCGAUCACCUCACCAAACACGCCCGCAGACACGUCAACUUCCAACCCAGUAUGCUCCAGGGUCCCGCCGGGCGAAGACGACACUAUUCAACGUCUACUUCCUUCUCUGGCUCCAGCGAUCACAUGUCUGCUGGUGUUUGAGCAACCAUGUGACCCCUCACUGCACUUUUUGCAUGUCUCUCUUUCUCGAGGCUCAGAUCUUGGAGCCUCUGAUACUGAGCUGAUGAUAUGAGAUAUCAGGUGUGUUACAUAAUGGAGACAUACAAAAUAUGCUGUGCUGGAGUUCUCCAUGACAAAGCCUGAAAAUGGGACUGCUCAAUGGAAUGGACAGAAAUCAUCAGCUUUAGGCAGAAACAAUGUAAUGCACAUUUAGUCCAAGGGUUAUUUAAAAUAUAUAGGGGUAUUUAUAACUUAUCACAUAUCAUGAAUGUGAGAUUGAGUUAAGUACAGAGCCAGGGGACUUAUUACACACCCACUGUGACAAAGGGAAGUGAACAUAUUCUGUGUAAAAAUAUAUAGUGUGUGGUGAAACCUAGACCCAUCUUAAUGAUCGCUUUAAAGUGUCCAAAUUUGCAGUGGUCCAGUUAGCAGAAGUGCAUAGGUUUUAAAAUAAUCGCUAUGAAUGUUUUCGGUUAUUGUGUGUUAUUUACAGGGACAGCAGUUGACUUAAGUGUUGAAGAUGGUAUUUGAAUGAUAUUAAAACAGAUGAUUACUUAUGAGAUUUACUUUGCAUCGUGUGAGGUUUUACGCACAUAAACAAGCUUUGAUGUUUUUUAAGCAAUCAGUUAUUAUUUGUAUAUUCUAAUCAGUUAUGCAAAAGAAUGUAACUUAUUUAAUGUACAGCAUUGAAAAUACUCUAUUCAGAACACUUUUAUCAUUUCUUUUUGAAACUUUUGUUUUUGUUUUUUUGUUUGUUUGUUUUUUGAUCAGCCUUCACAAGUGAGGUAGUGAGACUAAGAGAAGUUCACUGAUUAAUAAGUGAAGUGAUGUGACAUACAGCCAAGUAUGGUGACCCAUACUCAGAAUUCGUGCUCUGCAUUUAACCCAUCCAAAGUACACACACACACCAUGAACACGCACCCGGAGCAGUGGUCAGCCAUUUAAGCUGCGGCGCCCAGGGAGCAGUUGGAUCCUUGCUUAAGGGCACCUCAGUCGUGAGGUAUUGCCAGCCCAAGACUCGAACCCACAACCUUAGGCCACGACUUUAAUAAUUUACAACAGCCAUCUAUAGGUGCGUUAUGGGAAAACAUAAGGUAAGAGCUGUGCACUACACAGCUGAAAAAGACAACAAAGAAUGUAUGUUUCUCCCAUUACCUAUGCUUUUAUUAGCAGUCUAUGGUAUUUACAAUCAAUCAAUAAACAUGAAUAACAUUA